AUGUCCGAUGGGUGUAUUUUAAAACCGCCUCCAAAGAAAGAUACUGUAUCGAAAAAGAAGAAUACCAAAAAGGGCUCCAGGAAGAAACAGCUCAAUGUAGUAGAUGCCAAACACAUAUCUGAAAUGACACGUGAGGAGCUAGAAGCCCAUGUUGAUCGUCUAUGCAAGGAGCUUGAACGUGAACGUGCUGAACGCAAUCUCCUUCAAUUGGAACGUGAUAGAAUUAACUCAUUCUGGACAACAACAAAGUUCGAGUUGGAAACCCGCAGUGAUGAGCUUCGAGUAGCCCAAGAGACCUCUCAAAAGACUGCUGAACGUUAUGAAAGGGAAAUCAUGGCCUAUAGGCUGAAGGUACGCCAGAUUGGAACCUGUCACGCUAACCAAUUGGCUGAAGUCAAGGCCGAAAUGGAGGUCGCCGCGGGACUGGCGGCUCUUGAAGCCAGUGCUGGAACCAGUAGACCGCGCUUGAAGGAAGAGGUGUUGAGAAAAGAAGCCGAUGAUCACAAUGAACUCCUGACUAAUCUCCGGCAGGACUAUGAACAACAAUCGGAGGCAGAACGCCUCCUCUACUUGGAGAAAACGAGGAAACUCGAGGAGCGAUUGGAUCUGCAAUGUCGAUCGGAACUGCAGGCAACUGAGGAGCGUAAAAACGCGUUUAUUGAAGAGAUGAUGCGAAAUCAUGAAAAAGCCUUCAUGGAAAUGAAGAACUAUUACGAUACCAUCACCGCUAGAAGCAUCAAUCUUAUCGAUGAACUAAAGAUUCAGCUAGAAGAAAAGCAGAAGGUGGAGAAUCGUUUGGUCAAGGAGAAUGGGGAACAUUUGACUCGAAAUCGAUUGCUCGAAAAUGAACUCAACAUAUAUCAGAGGAGGGCCAAAAUAGAGAUCAGAGAUAUGAAAAGCUCUAUAUCGAAUAUCAAAAUGGAUAAUGAAAUUUUGCAUCAACGUCUUAAAAGUGUUGAAAAUGAACGUAAUGUACUGUAUGACAGCUACGAGUCCUCGGUAAAAGUCGUGAAACAGAACUGUGGAGCAAAGAACACUCUCCUUGAAAAGCAAAUAGUCAGUAUGAGCGAGGCCGAAAUCAUCAAACUGAUAAGCGAAGGUGCGAUGGCAGGAACCUUCGAUGCUGCGGCUUACAGUGCUUUGAUGAGGACUUUCAAACAGACAAUGGAGAAUUAUGGAAUUAAAACAGACAGUGUUUUGAUCAAUUGUGAGAAAUCGGCGCUCGGAAAAGGCUUAAUUCCUAUUUCUCCGGGUUAA